AUGAAACUGACUUUAGCAUCUCAUUCCUGCCUUUCUCUCUUUCCUAGGAAAGUACCGCAAGCACUCAAAAAGAAACGAACCAUGUUCACGGAGAAACAGUUGGCAUAUUUAAAUUUUCUUAAAAACAAAAACCCAUACCCCACCGUUGGCCUCCAGAGAGAAAUGGCUUCAAAAAUGGAGCUACACCUCACAGUCCUGCAGGUCAGAAGACAAGCCCCAUCUCACCAGGCCACCUCAUUUGUUGUUCUUCUUCAGUUGCCAAGUCAUGUUGCAACCCUGUGGACUGCAGCCUGCCAGGCUCCCCUGUCCUUCACCAUCUCCCAGAGUUUGCUCAAUUCAUCCUCAUUGAAGUUCUACAGCCAUUCGCUGAGGUCAUGGUCAAGAUCGGCUCUGCCAAGGAGAACGUGGCUGCACCUCCAAGGUCUCUCUGGCGCCACCCCUGAAUCCCUAGUUUGUGCAGAUCCUCUGAUACCUGCCUUCCAGCUCAGCAUACGGCCUGCCCUGAAGGCUCUCACAGACCAUUCUCUGGGCCACAAAAUGGUCCAUUUUGGCUGUUGCCAAGACCUGAAUAUAUACUGCCUGUAUCCCAUUGUAGAAUCCUGAGCUGUCUCUACAAACCUCAAUUCUAAUUCU